UUUCAGGGUCACUGCUUUUAUCAUGGAUAUGCUGUGGAAAUUCCAAAAUCAGCUGUGUCACUUAGCACCUGCUUUGGUCUCAGGGGAUUACUACAGUUAGAUAAUGUCAGUUAUGGAAUAGAACCAUUGCCAUCUGCAGCUAUAUAUGAGCAUGUGAUAUAUCAAAUAUGGAACGAUAAAAUCAAUUUUUCCCUCUUAAAAGAAAAUUACCCUAUGACCCAACUUGAGGAUCAGCCCUACAGGAUUCUUGUGAAAUCAAAAGAAAAUUCAGAUGUUGUACUGUUGAAAAGAAACCUGAAAAUACAAGUAAUUAUGGAUAAAGCUUUGUAUGAUUAUAUGGGCUCUGAGGUGCCAUCUGCAGUGGAGAAAGUUGUCCACAUCUUUGGCCUUAUCAACACUAUAUUUUCCCAGUUUAAAAUGGCUAUUACAUUAUCUUAUUUGGAGCUGUGGUCAGAUAAAAAUAAGAUUUCAACUAAUGGAGAUCCUGAUGAUGUGCUACAAAGGUUUUUGGCAUGGAAACAAGCAUAUUUGGUUCAAAGGCCUAAUGAUAUGGCAUUCUUGUUGAUUUAUAGGGACCAUCCUAAUUAUAUGGGAGCAACAUAUCAGGGAAUGGCAUGCAGUGCACAGUUUGCUGCAGGAAUCGCUCUGUAUCCAAAGAGGAUAACUUUAGAGACAUUUUCAGCUGUUGUGACACAGUUGAUUGGAAUUAAUCUAGGAUUGACAUAUGAUGACAUCUACAAAUGUUAUUGUCCAGGAAAUAUGUGCAUAAUGAAUCCUGAAGCAAUACAUUCCAGUGGUGUGAAGUUUUUUAGCAGUUGCAGCCUGGAUGAAUUUAAACGUAUAGUUUCACAGCCUGAAUUUGAAUGUCUUCAGAAUAAAACAGUUUCCAAAGUUGCUUUCCAAGGACGACUCAGUAAACCAGCUUGUGGUAAUGGAAUUCUGGAAAUACCAGAGCAAUGUGAUUGUGGCAGUCCAGAGGAUUGUAAGUAUAAAAAGUGCUGCAAUCCUGUAGAUUGUACUCUCAUUGGAUUCGCAGAGUGUGGCACUGGGACAUGUUGUGAUGCAAAAACUUGUGUGAUAGCAGAACGCGGACAAAUAUGUAGGAAAAGCCGAGACCCAUGUGAUUUUACAGAGUAUUGUAAUGGAACAUCUGAAUUUUGCGUACCUGAUGUGGUAUCUGCUGAUUUAGAACCGUGCCUGAAUUUCACCGCUUUUUGCUAUGGUGGAAUAUGCCGAACUAUGGAAAGACAGUGUGUAGAGUUGUUUGGAAAAUUUGCUAAGAGUGCUGAUUAUCUGUGUACACAAGAAGUGAAUUUUCAAACAGAUGAUUUUGGAAACUGUAAAUCAAGGAGAUGUUCCUUUGCAGCCAUCCUUUGUGGAAAAGUAGUUUGUCAUUGGACAAAAUCAGAACUAGUACAAGUGCCUGGUUAUGACAUACAAUAUACUUAUAUGGGAGGACAUGUAUGUUUGUCUGCAUUUUUAAGAAAUGCCACAUUGAGAAAAUUACAUGACAACACCUUUGUGGAGGAUGGCACUAUAUGUGGUUCAAAUAAGUUUUGUAAGAGCCUAAAUUGUCUAAGUGUGCAUGGCUAUGAGAAGAGACCAAAUUGUAACUCAUUGACAAAAUGCAAUGGACAUGGGGUUUGUAAUCAGAACCUUAACUGUCAAUGUGAUAUUGGAUAUGCCCCUCCUCGUUGUGAGUCAUCGCCAUCAUCAAUUGGGGGAAGUAUAGAUGAUGGGUUUUGGGUGGCCCAAGAAGACGAAGUAAAUUAUCUAUCAGAUCAAAAUCAACCUUUGUUUGUAAGACAACGUGCUGCUCACCAACAAUAUAGCCUAUGGACCAGUUUCUACAUUUUCCUACCUUUUCUUAUAUUAACUUCAAUUAUUGCUCUAAAAUGGAAUAAAGUGAAACAAUUAUGGAACAGAACAGGAGCAGUAAGUGGAGGACCAACAUCAGAAAAAGACCAGACAGUAGAAUAA